AUGAAGAAGAAGAUUGAAGAAGAAGAUGGACGGAAGUUCUUGAGCAGGAUAGGAUUACCUGAGAAAGAAUACAAGACUAGUGAGAUAAAGGUUGAGAUGAAGAAUGGGGUGUUGAAAGUGGUUGUUCCCAAGAUGAAAGAGGAUGAGCAUUACAACGCUCGCCACAUCCGAGUUGAUUAG